AUGUCCCUCUCGGCGAUGUCCAAGCGGCUCGAAGGCAAGACGAUACUGGUGACGGGCGCCAGCUCCGGGAUCGGCAAGUCGAUCGCGCAGGAGUUUGCGCGCACCAGCCCCAAGAAGCUCAAGAUCAUCAUCACGGCACGCAGAAUCGACACGCUCAAGAGCGUCGCGGCCGAGAUCACAAAGGAAGUCGGCGACGGCGUCCAAGUGCUCCCUGUGCAGCUGGACAUUUCCAAGCCGGAGGAGGUCAAGGCCUUUGUGCCCAACCUGCCCGCCGAGUUCCAGGACAUUGAUAUCUUGGUCAACAACGCCGGCCUGGUCAAGGGCGUCGACAAGGCGCCCGAGAUCAAGGCGGAGGACAUGGAGAUCAUGUUCGCGACCAACGUGACGGGCCUGGUCAACAUGACGCAGGCGGUGCUGCCCAUCUUCUUGAACAAGGACGGCGGCAAGGACGGAGGACGCGGCGAUAUCAUCAACAUUGGCAGUAUCGCAGGCCGGGAAGGCUACGCCGGUGGAAGCAUCUACUGUGCCACCAAGGCGGCCGUGAGGACGUUUACAGACGCACUCAGGCGGGAGUUGAUUGCCUCGCGCGUGCGCGUUAUAGAAAUUGAUCCCGGCCAGGUUGAGACGGAAUUUUCCGUCGUUCGAUUCUACGGGGACAAGGCCAAGGCCGACGCAGUCUACAAGGGCGUCGAACCACUGACGCCAGACGACAUUGCAGAGAUUGUCGUUUUUGCCGCCGGCCGACGAGAAAAUGUCGUGUUGGCUGACACUUUGAUCUUCCCUAACCACCAGGUAUGUGUUUUUUAA